CUGAAAAAUGGAACCCCCUCUCUCCACUCCCGCCCUAUUCUCCCACUCUACACCGUACAGCUCCGCUCUCUUACGAUGCUGAACACUGGCCCCGAUGUAUUUUUCGACAUCAGCAUCGACGGAUUGCCUGCAGGGCGUAUCACCUUCCGGUUGUUUGACCAAAUAUGUCCAAUGACUGCCCGGAAUUUUCGCGAGCUUGCCUCGGGCAAUCAUGGAUUUGGGUAUGCGAAUUCUACCAUUCACCGUAUCGUACCGGAGUUCAUGAUCCAAGGUGGCGACAUUUACGGAGGCGAUGGUGCCGGUGGCCAGUCGAUCUAUGGGCCCAAGUUUGCGGAUGAGAAUUUUCGGUUGAGACAUGAUAGGCCGGGGCUCGUAUCAAUGGCCAAUCGAGGCCCAAAUACCAAUUCUUCUCAUUUCUUCAUCACCACGGCGCCAGCUCCUUGGUGUGAUGGCCGUAACGUCGUCUUCGGUGAAGUUGCGUCGGGUAUGGACGUGGUGAAAAAGAUACAGACAUACUACAAUCAAGACGACAUUCUGCGUCGGCCAUCAGUGCCGAUAGUGAUCAUUCGGGCUGGAGUGCUAUGAGGCAUGCAUGCGCUUGGACAUUUGUGGCGACGUGCGAUGUGUAGGAUACUAACAUGCUGUAUGUAUUAUCAACGUAAUUGUAAGACGGCCUUAUACACGCUCGGCCACAUUCACAAAUUAUGUAUGAAUUUGAUGGAUCCG